AUGUCGUCGAAUUAUAUGGAAGAAAUUGACAAAACUUUUGUCAAACAACUAUUCCCUGAAUACUUAUUACAUCAACCAGUUUCCCAGGAAUUAUGGUAUCUAUACAUCAAGAAUAAAAAAUUAUUUAACAGGAUAAAUGAACAAAAUAAAGACCCUAACAGUGUCGCUUCUGGUACCAGUAACACAAAGCAGAAAUACAUAUGGAAUUUAGCUGAUGAAAAUGCUGAUGAUAAUGAUGACACAACAAGAAUCAACACAAGUAAUGCUCUUACUUCCUCCUUAUCAUCCUCUCUCUCAGCACGGACUGAUAAUGUGAUUUUACCAUUCAACGUCAAAAAGGAAAUUUGGCAUCGAUUAAUGGAAUUAGGUGUUCUUGGAACCAUAUCUUUUGAAUCCGCUAAUGAUAAUUACUUGAUUCAAGUUUAUAAAUAUUUCUACCCAAAACAAAUGGAUUUGAUUCCUACCAUAUAUUCUAGAAAUUCAAUGAAUGCUAAUGCUAAUGCUAAUGGAUUUUCAUUGAAAAAUGGGAAUUCAUUCAAUAUGGCUACUGAAAAAAAUGGUAAUAUGAGAAAACCAUUCCCUUACAACUCUGAUAAUGAUAAUGAUAAUGAUAACGAUCUUUGGAAUGAAAGUAGUAGGCCAGAAUCAUCAAGAAGUGUUUCAUUAUCUGCUGUUAAUGACAAUGUGUCCAAUGAUAACGUCGAAUCAACAACAAUUCAACAAAGUGUUACCAAUAGUAAUAACGAUAGCCAUAAGGAAAAUGAUGAUGAUAACGAUGAAAUGGAUAUUGAUGACGAAGAUGAAGAAGAUGGAGAUGCUGAUGAGGAAAUAAUUGGAAGUGAAACUGAAAGUGUUAUCAGUAGAAAAACUAAUACUUCCCCUAUAUACCAUGACUUCCAGAAAGAAAGAACACCGCAAAACAUUUUAAGGAAACAAUAUGAAAAUAAAUUUAAAUUCAAGUCAAAUCAUGUCACAUCGGAUAUUUAUAACAUUAUUGGCUAUUUCUUACCAAGUCAUUGGGCUCCUCCCGCAGCAAGUGGUGUCACCGUAUCACGAGAUGGUGUAAUGAGAUUACAAUCUGUAACUUUAUCUGAGUCGUCAGCAUCUAGUACUGCAGGUUUAUCGCUGGCAGCAACUCACGAAGUUUAUCCAGCUCCCUCAUCCACGUCUGCUGCAGCAAUAAGAAACAGAUUAAAUAGUUCACAUCCAACAUCCUCCACCGCCACCAUUACUGGUAAAUCAAAUAAGAAUCAAAGUAACUAUACAAUGGUUAAGGCCAACACAUUUAUUCCAACUAAUAAGAUGAGUAUAUUUUAUUAUGAAAUUCGAGUUCUUUCAGUGACAAGUUCUCAAAAUGCACAAAAUUGUAAUAUUCUACUUGGUUAUAAUUUCGACUUCAGUGAAAAUCAUAAUGCUAACGUUUUUUCCAUAAAUGAUUCACAACAACAAUUUGGUAGACCAACUAGUGCUGGACACGUUAUGGAUACUUCUUUUAACAUGACUACAACCAAUAACCUGUUUGCAAGAAAUCGUCACAAUAUCCAUAAUGAAAGUGAUGAUAAUAAUAACAAUGGAAAUGAAGACUAUGAAAACAAUGACGACAUCGAAGGUGAUGAUGAUGACGAUGAUAAUGAUGAUGAAGAUGAUGGAGGAGAAGAUGAAGAACAUGAAGGAGGAGAUCCAUCAAGAGGUCAAUCAUGGAGAAGGACAUGUGGUUCCAAAAAGGCAAGUAAAGAAGGAUUAGAUUUUGGAUUUUUCGGAUUAUCAGGACAAAAUGGAUCAAUUUACUUUGGUCAAAAAUUUGAACCUUAUUCAAUACCAUUCUGUAGAGAUGAUAUCAUUGGUUGUGGGAUUAAUUAUAUUGAUAGUACAAUAUUCUUCACUAAGAAUGGUGUUCAUUUAGGAACUGCUUUUAGAAAUCUACCUGAUUUGAAUUUUAUUCCAUCAGUUGCUUUAAAACCAGGUAAUUCUGUCAGAACAAAUUUCGGAUUAUAUGAAGAGUUUGCAUUUGAUAUUUCUGGUUAUCAAGAUAAAUGGAAAAAUAAAAGUUUACAACAUAUUUUACAACCAUUUAAUCAAAAAAAUACUGAGAUGGAAGACGUGGAAGAAGAUGAAGAUGAAGCUAAAGCUGAAGAACCUGAUGAAGAAGAAAACAAUAAGACAAAAGAUAUCGAAAAUGGGAUCGAAAAUAAUGAACAUAGAAAGAAAUCUCUAAGUACAUUUUUAUUAGGCCCAGAUACAAGAUAUAAUAAAGAUGGAAGGUUAACGAAGCCCACAGAUACAGCAAUAAACCAUUUGAAUGAUACAGAGAAUGGAGAUUUAAUUGUUGAUACAUUGAACGUGAUGAUAAAUGAUUACUUAAUUCAUGAAGGAAUGAUUGAUGUCGCAAAGGCGUUCUUAAAGGAUUUACAAGACGAUUCCGUUGUUAAGGACUCUGAUGGUGGUAACGAUAAUAUAGUAGAUUGUGAAACUUUAGAGAUCCAAAGAGAAAUUAUCAGGCAUAAUGAAAGACAAAUUUUGAAAGAAGAGAAAGUAGUUCAAAUUAGACAGGAAAUUAGACGACUUGUUUAUAAUGGAGAUAUUAAGGGAUGUGUCACUUGGAUUAAUUCGGAACUACCUAAUCUAUUACAAAGUAAUAUUGAAUUAUCGUUUGAAUUAAAAAUUGCCGAAUACUUAAUUUCAUUUAUUUCUAAUGCACCUGGGAUGAAUAUUGAAGAGACCAUCAAAAAUGGACAAUUAUUAACGCAAGAAUUUGUCUAUAAUGAAAAUAUUCCAGGAGCUCUAAGAGAAAAUUUUAAAAGACAUUUAGAUAACAUCUCCUUACUGUUAGCAUAUGAUGAUCCUGUUAAUGAAGUUACUGGUGAUCUUUCUAUGUAUUUGUCGAAAGAAUACCUACAAGAUCGUUUAUUCCAAGUCAUCAAUUCUAAUGUUUUACAAUUCUUGAAGAAGAAAAGUAGUUGUUCUUUGGAAGAUAUAAUGGGGUAUACAAGAACCAUGCUAUCUACCAUGAGGAAUUACAGGAUUGAUACCUCUGGUUCCAAUGGAAAUUGUCGAUAUUACAGAGCUGUUAAUAUCGACGAGGAUUUCUUGAAUAUAUAA